CGUUAACGAACUGAGCUAAAAUGUCAGCUCAGCUCGUGCAAAAUUUCAAACAAGCCGAUUCGAGUCGAGACGAGCUAACCAUGAACCAAGCGAGUCAACGAUGCAGCCUCUGCGCGCGUGCCGGCCGGUAGUUGCAUUGCACCUGAAAAUUCCCUCUGCGGAGACGAGAAGGAAGCUUCUGCUGCCUUUUGCUGCAGCAGAGGGCAACCGCGCGCCCAACCGGGAAGGCCUCAAAUCGCUCAGCUUUGCCUCGCUUUUGUGGUAUGGAGCCCAGUCUUUAGUUUUGGUAGCACCAGCACCUAUGAACCUGCGUAAUGCGUGGCCUUGCUCUAAAACCAAGACCAAUAAAUCCCGUCCACUUUUCCCUUUUGUCCGGUACUGCAUGGUCCAUUCCACGAGUAGCUUGAUCCGCAUGCACCGCCCGUUGGUCGCUUUCCUUUUCUUUAAAAGGAUCUCCUUUCUUUGGCAAGUUAGCGCUGUCAGUGGAUCAAAUAUCGAGAUGAAAUUAACAUGCCACUAUCUAUCCAGCCUCGCGUUUCAGAUUAGGUAGUGCCUGCAUCUCUUCCGUAAUC